GGAGAGAGGAGGGGGGGGGGGGCAAAACAUGGCCGCUGUCAGUUCGUGACGCGUACGGAACCAGUUCCACAUCGAGGCCGGUUUGGAACUAGUUUGCUUCGGUUUUUCGGUCCCCCAUGAGAGCUGCGCACGACGACGCGCGAAUAAUACAUAAUACUUUGAUUGGGUUAUUCGUUUGUGAUUGCAACGUUGUUGACGUACGAAUUUCCGUCUGGAAAUUAUGGCCGAUAACGAGGAGCAAGUAGAAGAUGGUGAUAUAAAAAUCAAGAUAGAGGAGUCAACUCUUGAGUGCUACAUCGAGGACCAACAUAAGAAUAGUUUUCCAGAUUUCGAUAAUGCCAAUGCGAUACCGUCAAGUGCCGACAUGACAUUAAAUUUAUGGACCAGCAAAGCCACUACAUGUCUGAUCAAUCAGUACAAAAAAUAUCGAUCGAUGGUCGGACAAUCGACGCAUAUCAGGACUUUGCGAGAAAUGUUCGAUAUGAUAUCUUUGGAGAUGCAGAAAUAUGGCUUCUACUUUAGCCCGCAGAAGUGCGAGAACAAAUGGCGAGUCUUGGAACGCAAGUAUAAAAAUCUCGUAUACCGUGAACGGCUAAAAAAACCCGGCAGAAUGAGACACUACGGAAAGUGGGAACACAAACGCGCGUUGGACGAGAUCUUCAACGAGAAGAAGAAAUACAUAUAUCUGGAAAAGAACGAUCCACAGCCGGCGAGUGGAUCAGCGAAAUAUCCUUUGAUUUUAUUGAAACGUAGCGAUCAAAGCAGUAACUUGCCUGUCAAUCAACAAAACGAAGAUCCUUUGGCGCCGAAAACUAUGACGAAUGAAACAAACGAAGAGACAUUGGAUUAUACGCGAACUUUGAUGAUAUUAUUUGAGAAAUUUGCCGAAGAAAUGGAUAAGAAUUUCGUCUUGGCCGAGAAGAACAAAGAGAGGCGACACAAGGAGAAAAUGGCCGUGAGACAUCAAGAAUUAGAAUUGAAGAAACAGCUUCUCAAGUUAAAAGAACAGAAAAUGGAAUUGCAAAGAUGCCAAAUAAUUGCUGCCGCACAAAAUUUACGUUUGAAUACGAAAUGACGUGUCGUCUAAUGGCCCCGAGCGCGGGGAAUUGAUAUCUUCGAUUUUAAUAUUAUAUAAAAGCUCUCUGUAUUUCGUAAUUGAAGGCUUAUUAAUUGAUAUUUCUUUUAAGUAUAUAAUUGUAAUUAAAAUAUAUUAAAAUUUUAAAUAAAGUAAAUAAUUUUUAUGAUAAUUAUUUAUGUUUCAUCGUUGACACAAUGCACUUUUAUUACCGCAGCACGUGGCUUUAAAUAUUUACUUUAUGUCUAUAUCUUCAGAUGGCAGUACGCGCUAAACGUUCGUGCACGCAAU